UUUUCUGCCUUUUUCUUUUCAUUUCUUUCAUUCCAAAUGUUUUAGUAUCCAUGCUUCACUUAACACACUUGAGUUUUGUCUAUAACAACAAGUUGUCGUCGUCGGCUUUUUUCUGUUGUCUGUUGAUUGAGAAAGAUUUUUUUGUGGAAUUUUUCUUCUUUGUAAAAAUUUUAAUUAAAAUUAAUUUUACAACCAAAAAAAUAAUAAUAAUAAAAACUUUUAAUUAAAACUUGUGCGUGGGUGUCUUAAUUCCUUCGUUUGUUUGUUUUUCGUUUUUCGGUUUUGGUUUUGCCUGACUUCACUGGACUAAACUGGACUGAAUUUACUUAACUUGACUGAAUGAUGAAUGCCACGUGAAUAUUUUUUCUUCUUCGGUGCUUUCUUCGUCGUUUUCUUCUUGUCAAAAUACCAUCCGAUAACAAUGUUAUCGAUAAAGUUUUAUCAUUUUUCAAGCAUCCUCGUCAUCGUUAUUUUAUUGUCUUUUUAUGGCUAUAAUUGUAUUGAUAGUAAACAUGAAAAUAAAACAAAAACAACAACAACAUUAACAUGGAAAACAAAUCUAAAUUAUCAAAAAACAUUUCAAUUUAUGCAAAAUUUAGAAAAUAAUUAUCCAAAUCUAAUACAAUUAAUAUCGUUGGGUCGAAGCGUUCAGAAUAAUGAUAUUUGGUUGUUGCGUAUUUCAACUGAACAACAAUCGAAAUCUGGGAAACAACCAAAGAUUAAAAAUCAUGAAAAUUUAUUUAAAUAUUAUGAUCAAUCAAGAACAUUAUUACGACCAACAAUAAAAUUAUUAUCAACCAUACAUGGUAAUGAACCAUUAGGUAAACAAUUAUUAUUAUCAUUAGCUGAAUAUUUAGUUAUUGGUUAUGAACAUCAUCAAGAUAAACGUAUUCGACAAAUAUUGAAUACAAUUAAUAUCGAAAUAGUACCGAUAAUAAAUCCAGAUGGAUUUUCAAUUGCAAUUGAAGGUGAUUGUUCAGGUAUUCGUUCACCUGGUCAUCGUUGGAAUGGACGUGAAAAUGCAAACAAUAUUGAUUUGGAUCAAAAUUUUUUUAUUAAUCUUAAUGAUGAUGAUAAUGGUUUACAAUUCAAACAUCAACAACAACAACAAAUUCAACCAGAAACAUUAGCAAUUAUGACAUGGAUCAUAUCAAAUCCAUCAUUUAUAUUAUCAGCUAAUAUACAUUCGGGUUUAAAUGUUUUAGCAUAUCCAUAUUAUUUUAAAAAUCAAACAACAUUAGAUGAUAAAAUUUUUCAAAAAAUUUCAAAAAAUUAUAUAAAUUCAUUACAAAAUUCUACAGAAUUUCUUACUUCGGAUUCCUGUAUUCAGAGUAAACAUUUUCGAAAUGGUUAUACCAAUGGUUAUGAAAUUAAUCCAAUUGAUUAUCAACAAAAUGAUGAUCCUGAACAACAGCAACCUGGACAACUUGGACAACAACAGCCACAAUAUACAAUGUCUGAAUUUAAUUAUAUAAAUACAAAUUGUUUAGAAAUUGAUUUAUAUUUAUCUUGUUGUAAAUAUCCAAAUUCAUCCCAAUUGGAAACGGAAUGGUUAAAUAAUCGUGAAUCAUUAUUAAAAUUUAUUGAAACUGCCCAUUGGGGUAUAAAAGGAUUAAUUCUGGAUGAAUCAACCCAGCAGCCAAUAAAAUCAGCUAUAAUUUCAAUUGAUAAUAUUAAUGGUCAUAAUAUAACAUCAUCAUUAAAUGGUGAAUAUUGGCGUAUAUUAUUACCAGGUAUUUAUCAAAUUACUGUCAGUGCAUUUGGUUAUCAAACAAAAACAUCAAAAAUUAUUGUUAACAAUUUGAAUCCAACAUCUGCUACAAUUCUGAAUUUUACAUUACAACGUAAUAAUCAAACAAAAUCAUCAUCAUCAUCGAUUGAAAUUGAAGAUUUUCAAUUCAAUAAAACUGAAUUAUUACCUGAUUUUCAUACGGAAACAAAAUUCAUUCAUCAUAAUUAUAUUGAAAUGGAAAAAUUAUUAAAAGAAUUUCAUCAAAAUUAUAGCCAUAUUACAAGACUUUAUUCGAUUGGUCGAACGGUUGAAAAACGUAAACUUUAUGUACUGGAAAUUAGUGAUAACCCAGGUCAACAUGAAAUCGGUGAACCAGAAUUUAAAUAUAUUGCCAAUAUGCAUGGUAAUGAAGUUGUUGGUCGUGAAAUGAUAUUAUUAUUUGCAAAAUUAUUAUUAGAAAAUUAUGGUCAUCAUAAUUAUAUUGAUUGGUUAAUUAAUAAUACUCGUAUACAUUUAAUGCCAUCAAUGAAUCCGGAUGGUUAUGAACAAUCAAAUUUAGGUGAUUGUGAUUCAUUAAUUGGUCGUAAUAAUGCAAAUAAUGUUGAUUUAAAUCGAAAUUUCCCUGAUCAAUAUCGUUUAUAUAAGGAAAAUCGUCGACAAGAAUUAGAAACAUUAGCCGUUAUGAAUUGGCUUCGACAAUAUCCAUUUGUAUUAUCAGCAAAUUUACAUGGUGGUGCAUUAGUUGCUAAUUAUCCAUUUGAUGGUAAUAAUUAUACUAAUAAUGGUUAUCAUGAUGGUUAUAAUGGUACACCUGAUGAUCAAUUAUUUCGUUAUCUUGCAUUAAUUUAUUCAAAGAAUCAUCCAAAUAUGCAUAAAGGACAUUGUUUUAAAAAAUGUGUUGAUAAUGAAUUAACAAAUGAAUAUUAUCCAAAUGGUAUUAUAAAUGGUGCUGAUUGGUAUGUAUUAUAUGGUGGUAUGCAAGAUUGGAAUUAUCUACAUACAAAUUGUUUUGAAAUAACAAUUGAAUUGGGUUGUCAAAAAUAUCCACCAGCUAAUGAAUUGAAAAGAUUAUGGCAAGAAAAUCGUCGUCCAAUGUUAAUAUUCAUACAACAAAUACAUCAUGGUAUUAAAGGUGUUAUUAGUGAUUCAAAAACAAAUCAAUCAAUUAUUGAUGCUGAAAUUCAUAUAAAUAGUUCAACACAUAUAGUAAAAUCUGUUCAACCAUAUGGUGAUUAUUGGCGUUUAUUAUUACCAGGUACAUAUCAAAUAACUGUACGGAAAUCUGGUUAUCAAUCAAAAAGUCAUACAAUAACAUUAAUGAAUAAUACAAAUGAUAAUGAUCAUUUGGUAAUGAAAACAGCAAUGAUUAUUAAUUUUUCAUUAGAACCAUUAAGUUAUUAUCAUCAACAACAAACAACUGAUUCAUUUGUUAUAAUUACAGUUAUAUUAUUAUUAAUAUUUUCAAUAAUAUUUUUUACAUUUUGUAUGUCGAUUGUAUGGUGUCCAACAAUCAUAUUACGUUUAAUGAAUCGUACACGUUUAUUUAAUCUUUGUUUUGAUUGUGAUCCAAGAAAAUUAUUUACAAUUACAACAACAUCAUCAUCAUCAAAUAAUAACCAUAAUAA